AUGUGUUUGCCUACGAAUCCCGACAAUUUCACCACUUCGCAACUUGUGGACAAGCUAGAGCACGCAUUUGUGAAGAAAACAAACGCUGCUACGGAGUGGGCCAACUACUUUAAACUCCAGCAGGAGCAGGGCGAGUCGCUGCUAGAAUUUUCGAACCGGCUGCGCCGAAAGGCAUUUCCCUGCGGAUUCCCUGCGGACGUGCUAGAAAAGAAUAUGUCCGCUACUUUCCUCAACGGAAUUUUGAGCGACACCACACGGCAACACCUCCAGUCCCAAACGUACAACACGUUGGAGAAAGCACUGGAGAUUUGUGAAGAAUAUGAGCUGCGCAAGUCCAACAGGAAAGGUCAGACAGCGCCGGAUGUGGCGCGCGUCGACAAUGCCCGGAGUGGCGGUGGCGGCACCAGCAGAGGACGCGGUCGUGGACGCGGCGGCAUGCAGAACCCGGAAAGCAACCUGCAGCAGCAACGAAGAGAUGGGCGGCGGACAUUCCUGGUGGAGGAGGAAUUCGACGUCCUGUCGGUAGACACGACGGGUGGACGAUCCAUCCACGUACCACUCAAGCUGAACGGCGUGCCCGUGUCACCCGUACUGGACACCGGAUCCAGUGUGACCAUCUUUACGGCCGACACGUGGCGAUCAAUCGGAUCCCCGAAGCUGUCACCGUAUACGAACACUUUACGGAGCUUCACGGGGCACACGCUGAAGGUUAUUGGUACUGCGACCGUGGAAGUCACCCACGCACGCACUCGCAAGGCACUGCCGAUUGUGGUUGUGGCGACAGGGGGAAACGUGCUGGGUAGGGACUGGAUCCGCUCCUUGGACCUCAGCCGACUGAGUCUGCGGGACCUGCAGUCGACCAUGGUGUCCACAGUUUCCGGCACACUGGAGGUGGAACAGCUGCUGAAGAAGCACAGUGCUGUUUUCCGUGACGAACUGGGCCAUUGCAAACAUUACAAGGCUCACCUGCACUUGAAGCCAGGCGCGACGCCUGUAUUCCGGAAAGCUCGACCAGUCCCAUUUGCCUUCCGCGAAGCACUGGAGCGCGACCUGGAUCGCCUGGUGGAGGGCAUCCUUACACCAGUGGAACGGGCCGACUGGGCAGCUCCAGUGGUGACGGCGCAGAAACGGGCUGGAGACAUCCGCACCUGUGCCGACCUUAGCACGGGACUCAACGACGCUCUCGACGUCCAGCAGUACCCGCUGCCGACGCCCGAUGAGCUGUUCGCGAAACUGAACGGAGGGAAGCAAUUCAGUACGUUAGACCUGGCGGAAGCGUACGCCCAGGUGGAGCUAGAUGAAGAAAGCAAGAGCCUGGUGGUAAUAAACACGCACAAGGGGUUGUUCCGGUACAACCGACUCCCCUUCGGUGUCGCCUGCGGUCCUUCCGUGUUCCAGCAGAUCAUGGAGAGCGUCCUCCAGGGAUGCGAGGGAGUCGCCAUUUACCUCGACGACAUCAUUGUCACCGGGGCGACGGGAGAGGAGCACCUCCGAAACCUGGAGAAAGUCCUCCAACGCCUGGAAGAGCACGGUUUCACGCUGAAGCGCAGCAAAUGCUUCUUCCUUCAGGACUCCGUGGAGUACCUGGGGUUCGUGGUGGACCACCGUGGUCGCCACAUUUCCCAGGACCGCGUCAAGGCACUCCGCGAAAUGGCCCGUCCGACCAACAUCAGCGAACUCCGAGCGUUCCUGGGUCUGGUCAACCAUUACGGGAAGUUCGUUCGCGACCUGUCCGGGAAGUUUCCUGUCCCAAAGGAGCAGAUUGUCCGCGCGACGUUCCUGGUUCAUUACGACCCGCGGAUGCCGCUGGUCCUCGCCGCGGACGCGUCGCAAUACGGCGUUGGCGCCGUGAUCUGUCACCGUUUCCCGGACGGAACGGAACGGCCAAUCGCACACGCUUCGAAGACGCUCACAGCCGCCGAGAAGAACUAUGGCCAGAUAGAAAAAGAGGCCCUGGCACUGGUGUUUGGGUGCCGGAAGUUCCAUCAAUAUAUCGCUGGGCGCGAGUUCACUUUGUGCACUGACCACAAACCGCUGCUCAGUGUGUUUGGUCAACGGAAAGGAGUGCCGGUGGUGACUGCAAACCGCCUCCAACGGUGGGCGCUGAUGCUGAUGGGAUAUUCGUUCAGCAUCGAAUACCGCCGCACCGAGGAGUUUGGCCAAGCUGACGGACUGAGCCGCCUACCACUGCAUUCGAUGCAGCUGGAUGGCCUGCCCGGCCUGGGGAUGGACAGUGUGGUCAACGCUGUCCACGUCGACAACGUGUCGCGUUUUCCGGUGUCGGUGGAAGCGAUUGCCGAAGAAACGGCCAGAGAUCCGGAACUGUCCACCGUGUAUGGAUACGUCAUGAACGGCUGGCCGUUGACGGUUGAUGCCCUAGCGCGUCCCUACAAGCGACUUGAGCAUGAGCUCGUCACCAUCAACGGCUGCGUAUGCUGGGGAUCCCGGACCGUCGUGCCAUCGAAACACCGGCAGCAGAUCCUGGAAUACCUUCAUGGCGCCCACAUGGGGGGGAAGAUGAAGGGUGAAGCGCGAGGAUACUGCUGGUGGCCUAACAUGGACAAGGACAUCGAACGAAUGUCCAGUGAAUGCCAAAUCUGCACUGAACGCGCGAAGGAAACGGCCAAAGUCCCGCUGGCGCAGUGGGAAGUGCCGCAUGCACCUUGGAAGCGGCUCCAUAUGGACUUCGCCGGUCCAUUUCACGGCACAAUGCUGCUGGUGAUUGUGGACGCCAUGUCGAAGUGGCCGGAGGUGGUCCAGAUGAAACACGCCACGUCCGACGGCGUUCUGGAGGCCCUCCUGAACCUGUUCAGCCGUUACGGAGCCUGCACCGAAAUCGUCACCGAUAACGGUACGCAGUUCACCUCGCAAGAGUUUGCCGAUUUCUGCACGGUUCACGGCUUCCGACAUCUUCGGACACCACCUGGCCACCCACAGUCGAACGGCCAGGCGGAGCGCUACGUUCAAACUUUUAAGGACGGAAUCAGCAAGCUGAUGGCCGACCGGAAGCCAUUGCCCACAGCUCUGCGGGAAUUCCUGUUCCGGUACCGCAACGCGCCACAGGCCACAACUGGCAAGUCGCUGCACUUGUCGCACCUGCCGCACCGAAGACACCGGAUGUACCGAAAGUACCAGUCGCAUCGCCAGUGCAGACGGCUGCACUGUCUAACGAUGCCUUUCCGGAAGCGGUCACAAAGCAGGAUGCUGGUGGACAGAUCGCUACUGCGACAGAACCACUGCCGCUACGACAACAACUACUACAACAACUACAACUUCAACCACCAGUACCACUACUACUACUUCUACUUCGACGCCUGCUUGCCCUGCGAUUGCUACUCCCGCCGCUGCCGGAUGUACGAAUAA